AGUUGCCAUGUUUAAUCAUACAUUAGGAGGUCUCGUCAAGUCGGGCACAUGGAGCUGUCAAGGUGUACAAGUAGCGGCUUCUACCUAAAUCCUGAACACCUCAUAACAAACUCCUAUAUCCGAUGUUUCUUAAAUCAAACAUUGAUCUCCUAUCCUGAUUACUCUUUAAUAUUUGUUAUUAAAUGUUAGUUUAAUUUUUAUUUAAAUUAGAUAUCGUUGUGUAUCACUUGAUGGUACGAUUGCUCAGUAAUUUAGAUCAUGGAACGUGGGUAUUCUUCUGGAGACAUCGUUCAGAAGCUCGCACCCACAGCUCUCCUCCUGCUGGUGUUAUUGGGGGCAACCUCGGUCCCUACGUGUUCGCAGCUCACUCCACACGAAGACGAUCUGCUCUACGCUCAGAUCUACCAGCCAAUAGUACCCCUCGCCCAGUCCUUCUACAACGAGACGCAUGAAAUUCCCGGCCAUAUUCGAACGAUGAUCGCCUUCAUCAGAACGGAGCCUACAUACAACACCGCGCGAACAUUCUCCGGGCUGCUGCCCGAGUGUUCGGCCUGCAUCGGGCUGGCCAAGUUCGCGCUCGCUUUUGCCAGGAGUAAUGCGCCCGUUGGCCCCCUCAUCAGCGUUCUCGAGAAGAUCUGCUAUCUCUUCUUCUACCGCAACAAGAUCGUCUGCUCCGGCAUCAUCAACAGGGAGAAGGUAAGGUUCAUUAGCUCGAGAAGAUCUGCUACCUCUUCUUCUACCGCAACAAGAUCGUCUGCUCCGGUAUCAUCAACAGGGAGAACGGAGAAGGGAGAAGGUAAGGUUCAAGAGCUCGAGAAGAUCUGCUACCUCUUCUUCUACCGCAACAAGAUCGUCUGCUCCGGUAUCAUCAACAGGGAGAAGGGCGUGGUGCUGUACGUAUUCCGCCACAGUCGCACGACGCCACAGCAGAUCUGUGCGCUUCUCCUGUCCAUCGCAGUGGGGCCCAAGAGCUGUGGUAUCUUCAGGGGGCCCCGCUGGACCGUCCAGCUGCCUGUACCUGCUGAUAACCUCUACGCGUACGAAGCUAAUAAUCUUGUAAAUGGAUACUAUGAUAGGUUCGACAGCGUGACAGCCGGCUCAUCAACAGAAGUGUUCCACAGCGCAAACGAAACAUUCGCGCCCAUUCAACGGACAGGUCGCGCUGUAGCAGCGGACCGCAGCAGCAAGCAACGCUUGAGUGUUACGUACAUCGGGACACCGAAAAUCAAAAUCCCGGAUCGGGACAGACUCUUCAACGACGGUCGGCCGUACCUGAAAGUGCUGCAUCUCACCGACAUCCAUUACGACCCCAAGUACAGGCGCGGUGCUAACGCCCACUGCCAGGCCCCGGUGUGCUGCCGGGACGAUAGUGGACGAGCACAAAAUUACUGGGAUGGUGCAGGGAAAUACGGAGACUACCGCGCGUGUGAUACACCGCGCGUGUUGGUGGACAAUAUGCUGCGCCACAUCAGCGAGCACCACCCGGAUAUAGACUACGUUAUGUGGACCGGGGAUAGCGUCGCGCACGAUCUCUGGAAAAUCAACCGUCGCGACAACAGCGUCAACAUCAACAGAGUGGGGGAUAUGAUACGAUAUUACUUCCCCACCAUCCCCAUCUUCGGGGCUGUGGGAAACCACGAGAUUUCCCCCAGAGACAGCUUCCCGCCACCAGAAGUCCCUAAAAUAAGACGUCACUUCAACAACCAGUGGCUGUACAGUCUGCUGGCAGAGCAGUGGCAGAGUUGGCUGCCAGGACGCAAGAUCUCACCGCAGGCUUGGGUCACAGGUUCCUACUCUGCGUUGGUCAGGGAAGGAUUCAGGAUAAUUUCCAUCAACACAAACUUCUGCUACAAGCUCAAUCUGUGGGUCCUCCUCAAAAGCGUCGACCCUGGCAACAUCCUAAGUUGGCUCGUAGCAGAGCUGCUGAAGGCGGAAGCAAAUGGGGAAUACGUGCACAUCAUAGGCCACAUGGGCCCUCUGUAUGGGGACUGCUAUGAGGAGUGGGGCCAUCAGUUCUCCAGGAUAGUCACCAGGUUUUCGAGGAUAAUUCGAGGUCAGUUUUACGGACACUGCCACCGUGACACGGUACUGCUGCACUUCGACGUGCGGGCGCCCGACGUGCCAAUAGGCGUCGAGUACCUCACUCCCAGUAACGGGCCCUUCUACCAACUGAACCCGUCCUUCACCAUCUACUAUGUAGACGGUGACUACAGCACUAGGUCUGUGCUGGACUACGAGACCUACUUCAUGAACCUGACGGAGGCCAACGUCUACGACGAGCCUCGGUGGCAGCUACUGUACCGGGCCAAACGCGACCUUAAAAUGGCAGCGCUCGAGGCCAAGGACUGGGACAACCUGGCCCAUAGGAUAGCCAGGGAUACCAACUUUGGUGCUGAAUUUUACAAGUGAGUGGGAACACAUAGGAUAGCCAGGGAUACCAACUUUGGUGCUGAAUUUUACAAAUACCACGUGAAGGCGAGCGACCCUCUGCUCAAGGAAGGCUGUGGCUAUCGCUGUCAGCAGGAGAUCGUUUGUUCUAUUGUUGAAGGCGACAAAUUUCUACCGAAAAAAUGUAGGCCUAGAGGCUGACCCUCUAGGCCUAUAGGAGUACCUAAACAAAUUGUAGCUUAUUAUUUGAUGAGAAAUGGGCGAGGCAGUCAUUGUGUGUGCACAUAAUAUAUAUCGCCCACUUAUGUUGUUGCAAGACUCUUCUGAAGCCUGAAUUUUGCAAUUUUGUAAGACAUUAUUUGUACAUUUUUGUCCAUUGUUUUUUUAUUUCUAAUAAUACGGAUUUAGGAGAUUUAUAUUCCUGUAUAUUUGCUGUCAAAUGCGCAGCGUGACAGUGAGAGAUGAUUUCAAAUGUGACUUUAUUUAAAUUAUAAAUUAUAAAUUCAAUUAUGAUUCCACACAUUCUCUGGAUAUUUAAAAAUGUUUUAAAUAAGAUUUGCAAAUAACAAAGUUAAAUGACAUGUUGACGAUGUCAUUGGAAAACUUGAAGAUUUCUACGCAAAGUUUUGAAAUAUUUUAACCGAAGACAACCUGAACUUUAGUUACUCUUUUGCAUCAGAAAAUAUUCAUUGUAAAAUGAAUAACUUGGCUGGUUUUUUAGAUGAACUUUAAGAGGAAAAUGUCAGCAUUCGAAACGAAUUAUCCCAGAAAAUAAUAAGAAUUAACCCAGAUAAUAAUAAUUAGGAAUCGUAUGUGGUUAUCAGGUGAAGAUUCAGCUUAUUGUAAUUAUUAUUAUUGUAUAUUGAAUUGUUAUUAAAAGCUGAAUAAUUAUUUGUAACUAUUACGCUUAUUCGUGAGCAAUAUGAAGUUCUACUUAAUAAUAUCUACAGAAUUUUCUGUAUUAAUUUAACCUGCAAAAAAAUAUUGUCCAAAGAAUGACACACUUUCUUACCCAGAGCACGAGCGGAGAGCGGACGUAUCACUGAUAUACGCGCUUUUUCCGGGCUAAACUGUGUUAGAAUGACCCACAUAAAAGGUCUAUAAGUGCAUUGUUAUUAGAACAAUAAGCCUCUCAUUUCUCCGAGUGUUGUAAAAAUUCUAUCACGGUUUGCUUCAUCCCACAAGCAAUUAAAUAAUGAC